ACGGCUUACGGCUGCUUGCGUAGCUAGCACACAUGCUAACUCAAUGUUAGAAUAGGAUGGCGGUUGGAUCAUCAACUAACGUUUAUCGUAGUUUUUAAAAGCUGGCAUUCGAUGUAACUUAUUUUUGUACCAGUUAAAUAGCUGUCACGUUAUAUGCUACCUCAUUGCAUCAGUAUUGAACGACAGACAGUCUUAUCUGUUAAUAGGACGUUAAAUGCUAUUUAAUACUGUCCACACUUCAUCUGAUGUAUUGCUCUAUUAGGCUUUAGUCCCACGUUUUUUGAUACUGAAAUGAUUGUACCGUUUAAGAAAACUAAAGUUAGAGAAACAUUUACUUGUUUUGCCAGUUGUCCAAACUUGCUGACUUAUCUUAGGCACUGUUGCUUUAUGCUGGUGCAGUCAGCUCAACUGAUCCGCCUCAUCGUCUCCCAUCGCCUGCGUCCUCUCUGCACCUGUUCUGGCAGAUAUACUUCUCGGUGGAAGCUGCGCAGUGCUGCAGCUGCAGUCAUCAACAGGGGACUGAGAUCCAUGGAGCCCCUAAAAGCUGCUCAGACCUCAGAGACUCCUUCCACCAGCCUUCCACUUAAAUGCACAGAGUCUCCAACAAAAGACGCCAGCCCAGCACCUACAGACACCGCAUCUGACAAAGAGGGCACAGCUCCUGCAGGUCUGUUGCCAGGGGAGACGGUGGUCAAGGAGGGCAAGGCAGCCAUCUUGUUUCCCAGUGCCAAUGAGGUCUUUUACAAUCCAGUCCAGGAGUUUAAUCGAGAUUUAACAUGUGCUGUGAUCACAGAGUUUGCCAGAGAUCUGCUGGCUCAGCGCGGAGUGAAGGUGUUGGUUCCUGGGGAGACGGAGAGGGUGGUGGUCUCUCUGUCACAAGAGACGAAUGAGGCCGAUGUGCAGAUGGAGGAGAAAAAUGGAACAGUGGAGCCAAGUGUAACUGCAGCGGUGGGGGAGAAAUGUGAGCGUGGUCUUCGCGUCCUCGAGGGCCUCGCAGCCUCUGGUCUGCGCUCGGUGCGCUUUGCUCUGGAAGUUCCAGGUCUGCAGAGCGUCACUGCCAACGACUUCUCCACCAAAGCGGCUGCGCUCAUUGCCAGGAAUGCGCAGUACAACGGAGUCAGCCACCUCCUCCAGGCCAGCUGCAGGGACGCUAGUAUGUUGAUGUAUGAGAAGCGGGGGAAGAACGAGCGCUACGACGUAAUCGAUCUGGACCCGUACGGCAGCCCAGCCUCCUUCCUGGAUGCUGCUGUGCAGGCCGUCGGUGAAGGAGGCCUGUUGUGUAUAACGUGCACAGACAUGGCGGUGAUGGCAGGAAACAGUGGAGAGACCUGCUACAGCAAAUACGGUUCCAUCUCCAUUAAAUCCAGAUACUGUCAUGAGAUGGCUCUGCGUAUCAUCCUCCACAGUUUGGACCAGCGGGCGGCUGUUUACCAGCGAUACAUCCAGCCGCUGCUGUCUGUCAGUGUCGACUUCUACAUCAGGGUCUUUGUGCGCGUGUUCACAGGACAAGCUACGGUGAAGAACUCAGCCAGUAAACAGGCUCUGAUCUACAACUGUGUCGGUUGCGGGUCGUUCCAAUUACAAAGAAUGGGCAGAAGAACAAGCAACGGGAAACAUAUGAAAUAUUCUGCCGCCACUGGACCACCUGUCGGCCCAGAGUGUGAGCACUGUGGACAGAGGCAUCAGCUCGGGGGUCCAAUCUGGGCAGAACCCAUUCACGACUUGGCAUUUGUCCAGAGGGUUUUAUCCGCCGUGUCCGGAAACCCAGCCCGAUUAGGAACCUCCAAGCGCAUCGAGGGCGUGCUGAGCAUGGUGACAGAGGAGCUGGAGGACGUGCCCCUUUAUUACACGGUGGACAGUCUGAGCAGCACCAUACACUGCAACACGCCGCCGCUGCUCCAGUUCAGAUCCGCUCUCCUUCAUGCUGGUUACAGAGUUUCCCUCUCGCACGCCUGUAAGAACGCCAUCAAGACAGACGCUCCUCCUGCAGCCAUCUGGGAUCUCAUGCGGUGCUGGGAGAAGGCCAAUCCUGUGAAGAGGGAGAAGCUGUCUCAGACCAGCCCCGCCUUCAGAAUCCUCUCUACUGAGCCCAGCUUUGAGGCCUGUUUCACUGUGAGGGAGGACGCCAACCCUCAGUCCCGGAAACGUCACCUGACCAGGUUCCAGGAGAACCCGCAGGCCUUCUGGGGGCCCAAAGCUCGUGCCAAAGCUGGUGGUGGAAUCUCUACUGACCUGCAGGACAAGAGGAAGAAGUUCCAGAACAAGAGAAAGAACCAGACCACAGACUCGGCUCAGCUAAAGAGUUUCCCCUGCAAGAGGUUCAAACAGGGAACAUGCACACAUGGUGAAACAUGCUGCUACUCCCACAGCCCUGAGCAGACAAGUGAAGAGAAAACGAACUAAUUCCACCUUAUCUUCAAAUAGGUUUUUUGUUUUUAAUAAUUUUAUUUUGGAAUUUGAAUGUGCAGCUUGGGCAAAGUAAGAAUGAUUGUGAUUAGUCUGAAGCCUGGGACAACACUGAAAUGUUAAUAUGUAGAACAUAUUCAGAUUUAAAGCUCAGGCUUUUGUAUUUAAUUUUGACUGUUAAACAUGCAGCGUAUGGUGUGAGAAUAAAGUCCUCAGUGACUUUCA